GAGAAUUCCAUGGAUAGAGGAGCCUGGCGGGCUACAAUCCAUGGGGUCCUAAAGAGUCAGACACUGUUGAGUGACUAACAUUUUUAUGAGGAAGGUUUAAUAUUUAUAUGCAAGAAUUUUCACUACAGAAAGUACCUAACUUUGCAUACAUUUGCAUAUUCUAAUUUUAACAAAAGAUUAGGGAAAAAAAGCAGUGCUCUGUGGCAUCUGCCCCACACCUUGUUGGGAGGGGCCAGACCAAGAUGGAGCCUUGGAUUAUGAGAGAAGCCAUCCCCUCAUGCUAGACUGAGCAACUGAAUGCAAGCCCAGAGUGCCGGCACUUAUUUGGAUGAAUAGAUGGAGGCAUGCCGAGAUGACUGAAUUUGAAUCUGUCUUUAGAGCACUGAGGAUUCAUUUACUUCCAGCACAGAGUCCUUCACAGAAGUACCUUGGCUCAUGGGUUCCAUAUAUUCUGUGUAGAUCAUUUCACUGCUUGAAUCUCAAGGUCUUCCUAGACUCACCUUUUCAAAGGUCAUUAAUGCAGAUUAAUAUGCUCUGAACUAGCAUUAUUUCGGGCAGGUUGUAACUUUCAAGAGGUGAGCUGAGUGGUGUGGAGGCUGAAUGAAAAAAAGUAUAUUAACAGUGUUUUUAGUCUUUAUUCCUUCUCGGCUUAAGCACAGAGUCUACAUAUUUAUUCCUGAUCCAGGGGAAGUAUGUUGGAAAGGGGUUGGAAGCACAUUCUCACAGAUUCCCCUCUGGAAUGAAAAUUCUGGGAGUGGUUUUCAUUUGGCAGGCAGAGGUCUGUUGGCUUCUGAUUGAAGCAAACACAAGUGAUGUGGCCAUGGGGUCUGGUUGCAUCACUGUAUGUGCCAGGUUCUUGCCCAAAAUGACGUAAGCUGAUUGUGAGCGGUAAAGUUAGCUCAUCUUCUAGGCCUCUGUUGACAGAGGUUGGUGGGAACAUCCUAGAAAAUAUUUAGGCGUGCCUGAAAUAGAUUUUUGCUUUGAAAAUCUCUUUUCUAGUUUCAAAAAUGUAUGAAUAACUAAUAAAUAUUUAAAUCCUUAUGUGCCUUGUAGAACUCCUUAACACCUUAUGAAAUUGGUUAUCUAAUUUUAGACACUGCUAAUUUUAGAGAAAGAAUUCCUCUUUGAUAUCAGUGUAAAUGACCAGAGGGUCAGGUAUACCAUUCUACUUUGACCUCAGUCAGAACCCUGAGCCUGCCUGUGACAAGAGGUAAAUAUAGACUAAGUUCCCAGGAUCCUUAGUAAACCUUGUAGCCUUCUUCUAGGAAAGGAACAGAAAAAUGGAUCAUUGCUAUGGACUCGUUCCAAUCUAAAUAAUUUAUGAUAUUAUUCAUCUUUCAAGGCCGUUUGCUUGUUUUUCCUUUCUGUAGUGAGAAAUACGUAAAAUUUUCUUGUUGGCAACUUUUAAUUGUAAUGGCAAUACUCAUCAGGCUACUGGUUGUCUUUUUGAGUGCUUUCUGUGGCUGUUUCUUUUACCUGUGUUUUAUUUUGUUUUGUUUUAAUGUUUAUUUAUUUGACUGUGCUGGGUCUUAGUUGCGGCAUGGGAACUCUUAAUUGUCACAUGUGGGAUCUAGAUCUCCAAGCAGGGAAUCAGACCUGGGCCCCUUACAUUGGGAGCACAGAGUCUUAGCCACUGGACCACCAGAGAAGUCCCUUUACCAGUGUUAUAUGCACGAGCUCAAAUACAAUUUGUCUGAUCACAAAUUUCAAGCAAGGUUAUCAGUAGGUUUUGCAUUUUAACACAAGAAGGUCAUAAAUAGGGGGGAAAGGUUGGGUGGUUGAUAUUCGUGGGGUGUGGAGGGCCUAGUUCCAUGGGAAAAUACAGAAUCCCUUAUGCAAACAUGUAACAGGAACCCAGUUACAAUUUACACAUUUAAUAACCUCUCUCCCUGCAUAUAGGAAAUACAAUACCAAUGCUUAUAAACCUGUGUGCAAGGAAGUAGCACAAACAAAAUCUUCAUUUAUAAGAGCCAUCUUGUCACUUUAUAAAAGGCCUACUGAAAAGAGUUUAUAGAAUUUUAACUGAGAUACAAAUAACCCUUUACAUUAUCUUAGGCUUUCUGAUGCUAGAUAAUGUUGGUGGAAUCUCUAAAACACAGAAAACAGCCUAGACUGGAUUAUUUUUCUUCUUGUCUUUUUGUCAACAAAACUUUCUCUGCAAAGAAAGACUGAACAUCACCUGUAGUCUCUACACCAUCCUGUCCUCAAAUACAGACAUAGCCAUUCAAGGUUACUUUCAUAAGUGUGACUUAUCCUUAGUUUUUCUGAAGGACUUUCUUGUGACAGUGUCUAAUGUCUUAAAGGAAUUAGAGGCUUUGGAAUCUCCUUCUUGGAAGUUCUCAAACAACACAAGAGAAGCUAAAAGGAAAGUUGACUAGACAAAGUUCCAAAGUUCCAAAGAUGAUCUUUUGGUCCUGUCUUUAUUUUAAAACCUACCCAUGUUCUUGUAAGUUAGUGCCUUAAGAGAUUUUACUUAAAGGUAACCAGAUCUUGGCACUGUACAAAUAAUUUCUUCUGGAUGUUUAUGUCUGUCCUUCCAGACUCUUGAAACAGGCUCUGGUCUCUGAACUGGGUUGUCUGGCAUCCUGCCCAGUGGAUGACUCUUACUGUGGGCUACAAAGAACACACUGGAGUUCCGGAACUCCUACCCCUCAGCCGGGCAAAUGUAGAAAACAAAAAUAAUCCAGGUGCUAAAAGAUUCUAAAUUUAGAAGACUUUUCCCUUCCACAUAAUAGAGUACAAUUUGUUUCUUCUUCCCACACAACCUGGAGCUGUCCAGAACAACCAUGAAAACACAUGACACCCCCAUCCCAUCCCUCCCACUUGCAGCUGUCCAGGCUUGCAAGUGAAAUUUGUGUGUGCUGAAUUAUUUUGCUUGGAGACGCAUCACAAUCACCUGUUUUAAUGUUUGUGGAGGCUGAAAACUGCCAGUUCAUUUGAGGGGUAUGUGAGUGUAGUCUAAUCGGGAGACAGAGACUGCCCAACCUUACCUGGUUCUUCUGGAUGAAUUCGAGAAGGCUCUCUUCCAGGUGACAGAAGAUGACUCAGCCAGAUGGAAAUCCUGUGUGAAUGUGGAAGCCAUUAGCAGAGUAAUUGCUGUCUGUUACCAUGACAACCAGCCGCUGCAGUCACCUGCCCGAAGUGCUGCCAGACUGCACCUGCUCCGCUGCGCCCGUGGUGAAGACCGUGGAGGACUGUGGCAGCCUGGUGAAUGGGCAGCCGCAGUAUGUCAUGCAAGUUUCCGCUAAGGACGGGCAGCUGCUUUCAACAGUAGUGCGGACCCUUGCCACCCAGAGUCCCUUCAAUGACCGGCCGAUGUGCAGGAUCUGCCACGAGGGCAGCAGUCAAGAGGACUUGCUCUCUCCGUGUGAAUGUACAGGGACCUUGGGGACAAUUCAUCGGAGCUGCCUGGAACACUGGCUGUCGUCCUCAAACACCAGCUACUGUGAACUCUGCCACUUCAGGUUUGCAGUCGAGCGCAAACCCAGGCCGUUGGUGGAGUGGCUCAGAAACCCAGGUCCCCAGCACGAGAAGCGGACCCUGUUUGGAGACAUGGUGUGCUUCCUGUUCAUCACCCCGCUGGCCACCAUCUCGGGCUGGCUCUGCCUGCGGGGCGCUGUGGACCACCUGCACUUUAGCAGUCGGCUCGAAGCCGUCGGACUGAUUGCACUCACUGUUGCACUCUUCACUAUUUACCUCUUUUGGACACUAGUGUCAUUUAGGUACCACUGUCGAUUGUACAACGAAUGGCGUCGGACCAAUCAGAGGGUGAUUCUCCUCAUUCCAAAGUCUGUCAACAUCCCUUCCAACCAGCAGUCCCUGCUGGGCCUCCACUCUGCCAAGAGGAACUCAAAGGAGACAAUUGUUUGAUGUUUGUGUGUUUGGUUGGUUGGUUGAUUUGUUGUUUGGGGUUUGGAAGUUUCUGCACUGGGGCCAUGCACUGAGCCACUCCCAAACCCUUCCUCAAGCCUGUGGGUCGAAGAACAUCCAGAGCCAUGUAAUCACAUCGCCCUGACCAACGGACUCCGCCCGAAGAAAGAGAAUGAAUGCUCUUUGACUUCAAAUCAUGGAUGCUGCAAUCAUAUGAUAUUUGCUAAGCUGCCAAACAUGUUUAUUUAGCAGAUAUGGAAUUUUCUGAACACCUCUUUCACAUGUGAGGAAGGUUGUCCUGCUAAGGAUGCAAUUAAAUUCUUCCUUUUUUAUUACUGUUUCAAAUAUAAAUAUAUAUAUAUAUUAAACUUAGAUGAUAAUCAAAAUUGAAAAGCUAACAUUAAAACUGGUUUCCUGGUUUGGAUGGGUUUUGUUUGGGUUCAUUGGAUUUGUUUCCCAGUUUUUACUGUAGAUUCUUUGGGGUAAUUUGAUAGCUUGAGUGGUCUCUUCCAUCUCUUCCAAGUCCCUUACUCAAGGGGACAGCAUAACUGCAGGACAAGUCAUAUUUGAAGGAUGUUUUGUACUAAAAUCCAUUUAAUUAUUCAGUUUUUAAAGAAAAAAAAAAGGCGUGACAACUCUCCCCACAGUGAACUAUUUAAACUUCAUUAAGGAGAAAAACAAUUUAUGGUGAGAAGCACGCUCCUUUCAACUUGUUUGGUACUGACAGCUGAUAGAAGCUAUUUUCUAAUAAUAAAUACCCAGUGUGUGAGAGACAAA